CCGCAACCGCUCCGCGCAACCGCUCCGCCGCCGGCAGACAGAGGUUCAGAGAACAAUAUAAGCGGAAUCUCCAAGAAUGGCUUCCACCCACUGGAAUGAAACUACGACCUCUGUUUAUCAGUACCUAGGUUUUCAAGUUCAAAAAAUUUACCCCUUCCAUGAUAACUGGAACACAGCCUGCUUUGUCAUCCUGCUUUUGUUCAUAUUUACAGUGCUCUCUUUAGUGGCGCUGGCUUUCCUCUAUGAAGUGCUAGACUGCUGCUGCUGUGUGAAGAACAAAACUGUGCAAGACUGGAAAAGCCAGCCGAACCCUCUGCGAAGCGUGAUGGCCAGCAUCCGGAAGCGGGAGACCGAGGUGGUCUAGUGCUUGCAAAAGUCAGGCAAAAUCUCUGAGAGCACCCUUCGACUUCUUCUGAGACAAAAGAAAAUUUUCUGAGGCCAACUGUUAUUACAAAACUGAUUCUGACUGAAUGAUUCAAAGAUUCUUAGUGGAAGGAAAAAACAAGUUGAAUAUGCACUGUGUGUGUGUGUGUGUGUGUGUGUGUGUAUGUUAAUCUCUUUCAUUAAACAGUCAGUAAAACUUCACAAAUGUGAAUUUACCAAUCUAUUUAAUAUGACACUUUAAAAACUGGAUAAAAGAUUCCUAGAAUUCCAUACUGAACAAAAAGGUCAAC